CUACAAUUCUUCCUACUUCUUUGUCCUUGAACCACCUCCCCUGCCUUCAAUUUUUUCUGGUUUUCUUAAGUAGCCUGGAUAUUUCAAGGCUCUUAGCUCUGUGCUACAAGCCCACUUGAUAGCCAUGACAACCAUUUUGUCACCUUUUCCUCAUUCGAGCAAAAGCCAUGUCUAUCAUCAUUAAUCCCCUUGCCGAAAUUGCAAAAAUUCUGGUCAGUCCCCUUAUUCGUCAGAUUGGAUACCUCAUAAGCUCCAAAUCAAAUGCCAGAGAUCUCGCACUUGAAAACGAACGACUUAAGGCGCGAAGGUCUGAUUUAAUGAGAGAAGUCGAAGCAGCAGAGAGAAAUGGGAACAUGGCCACGAGCGAGGCGCAGGUGUGGUUCAAAAGAGCCGAAGAUCUGCAAAAAGAGGCCGACAAAGUGAUUGACACAUACAAUGAGAAAAAGAGUUCAAAGCAACUUCCAAAAGUCACAGCUGACACUGAUGGAGCGAAUUCAGUUCAUUGGACCAUGGAUGCACCACCACAAUUGGGGCGAGAGAUGCCUACAGCACCAUUCACAGGUCAGACAUCCCUUGAAAAGAAUGUAAAUGAGAUCUUAAAUUUCAUAAACAAUGAUGAAUUGUGUGUGAUUGGCAUUUUUGGUAUGGGUGGAGUUGGUAAGACACCGCUCAUGCAUCAUGUUAACAAUCAUCUUUUAGAAACUCAAUAAUUCACUAAAAUAUUGUGGAUCACAAUAUCAAAAGAACUCAAUAUAUCAAGAAUACAAAAGGAAAUGGCUCAAUAAUUGGGUUUAUCAUUAACCGCUGAAGAAGAAAAUAGGACAGGAGAGAAGUUGUUUUCAAUUUUAAAGAGACAAAGAUUUAUGCUCAUCUUAGAUGAUUUGUGGGAGAAGUUGGAUUUGAAAAUUAUAGGAGUUCCCCAACCAGAUCCACAUAACAGAUGCAAGGUAAUAAUAACAACCCGUUUUCUAGAUGUUUGUAAUGAGAUGGACACUGAUAAAACUAAGAAAGUCGAUGUCUUAGAUGUGGAGGAUUCUUGGAACUUGUUUCAUAAGAUAGUAGGAGAAGUGGUAGAUUUCCCAACAAUAGAACCCCUUGCAUUGGAGGUAAUUGAAGAAUGUGGUGGUCUGCCACUUGCAAUCAUCACCGUCGCUUCUGCAAUGAAAGGGAAGAGCAGCAUUCCCGUCUGGAAGAAUGCUCUGAGAGCCUUGCGCAGGGCAUCAACAGAAAUAAAAGGUAUGGAACCCCAAGACUACACAAUUUCGAAGGAGCAGUUGGUAGAGUACUGGAUAUGGGAAGGGUUCAUAGGUGGAGUGGACAGCAUAGAGGAUGCAAGAAACAAAGGCCAUGCUCUUAUUGAAAGCCUGAUAGACUCUUGCAUGGUAGAAAGGGUUCCUGGAGAUGAUACUUUGGUGAUGCUUCAUGAUGUGAUCCGGGAUUUGGCAAUAUGGAUCAGUUCUUCCUCGGGAGAGGUCGGAAAGUUUGUCGUGGAAGCUGGUUUGGGUCUAAAAGAAGCACGCAAGGGGAGAGAGUGGAAAGAUGCAGAAAGGAUAUCACUAUUUCUGAAUGAAAUAGAGAGACUUCCAAAUCGGCUAGAAUGUUCACACGACCCAACACUGAUACUGCAGCAAAACAAAACAUUGGUGAACAUUCCAGAUGGCUUCUUUGAAUGUAUGGUAGCCCUCAAGUGUCGAAGGUAG